AUGUCAGACGGACCACCCAUUCCUCCUCGUGCGAAGCUUGUUGUAGGCGACCUUCUUCCACCUGAUGCCUUUACACCCGCUGCCCUGUUAGAAUGGCUACUACAUUACACCACCACCUCUAAUCACCAGCACAACUUUACACUUCUCUACAAUCCUGAAGUCGAUCUUCAUUCCAAGACCUAUGUGUGCAUGACAUGCCACUACGGAAUCGAACUUUUAGCAGAAACUCCAAGGUUCUGUACAGCAAACCAGUAUCAGACUCACCACUACCACUACAAGACUGACCAUUACCAAUGUUGUGGUUGCUCAUACACCAUCCAAGCCACGUUUAAUCCACCCUUGGUGUCGCUUGAUCUUCUCGGCAGAUUGGCUGCCACACGACCCAACUACCAAACCUUAGCCGAUCGUAUUUCCCAACCUGAUAAAAUUCUGCCAACACUCGAAACAACCUUUACAGCCGCACUUCAAUUUACCAAGGAUCUUAUUAAGGGUUCCCGGCGAGAUAUCAAUUCACGAAAUGUUAAUUUGGAAAUAAAACUUGGAGUAGAUCCAGCCAGUAUCGAACUAUUGAAUUUGUUAGGAUUUGAGCUGAAAGACAGUUUUUUUAUUGCUCCUUCAGAAGCCUAUGUCACAGUCAACAAAGAUCGUCUCUUACGAAUCCAGCACGAACUUGCCCUAUUCUUGGAAUCCUGCCGUUCGCCGACCAACAACACAGCUUUGGAUAUUUCUUCAGCUAACCCUCUGAUCGCCGAGUGGGUGGGUGUAAACGAAAUCUUGGAGCCAACUACAGGCAGACAAGUCGAAACAUUUCGUCUAUUUGGCACAAUUCCUACUGCGAAAGACGACCUGGUAAUUUGGCUGUAUCAAAUGGUUUUGAAAGAACACCCCAAUGAUUCUGCCAUGUACCUCGACUGCUUGAUCGAUGCGGCCAAUCUGUCCAGAAGCAACCUGUUGCUGACCGAGGUGGCCCUGGAACGUAGUCGAGGAAAGGUCGGAUACAAAGAAAUCCGGGAAGCUUGUGAGAACUUUGACAUCAAACAAGACGUGGCGGUGGAUGACAGACUUCUCACAGAGCUUUACAGAAUCAAAGUCUCGGAUGAACCACACAAUAAGAACAAACAUCGGGACCAUCUCAAAGUCAUUGCAAUCGCUAGACGCAGUGAAGCCCUUUACGAUUUCCUUAAAGAUGAAGUCCCGGAUAUGCCAAAGCUUAUACAUCAGGAUGGGACAGCCACCCAAGAUUGGAAUACAAAUUCAGAAGAGAUACCUGUUGGAUUGAAUAAUAUUGGAAAUACCUGCUAUUUCAACAGUCUUCUUCAAUACUACUUUACUCUCCUGCCUCUUCGAAAAACUGUAUUAAACAUCGACAGUUAUGUUGAAAAUGAAGAUGAUCCAAAUUGGGUGCCAAAAAAGAUUGGUGGUAUUACUGUGGACCAACAUGAAGUUCGACGUGCCAAAAAAUUUGUUUAUCUUUUGCGAAGUCUGUUUAUCAAUCUCCAAAACACAUCCCAAAGGGCCAUUUCCCCUGAGUAUGACUUGGCAUACAUGGCUCUAUUAAAUGAAAAAGAUGUCGAAGAAGCCGCAGCCGAAGCCGCAGCAGAGGCUGUUGCAUCAGUGUCAGCAUCAGCAGUAGAAGCAUCUAGCACGCCAAUUGAGUCCCUACAAACAAUUGAUCAGCAGAAUGUAGCAGGUCCAAGCAACUCCCAACAUUCUCCUCCAUUGGUCGAUUUGUCUGAUCCCCGUACGGACUCAUCUUUUCCUAACACCGAUAUGUCACCUCAAGAAGAAAAUACUACCACUACUACUGGCACUGGAUCUAAACAAAAUCUCGGACCACUCUUUAAAGCUAAAAAAGAUGUUGACAAUUUUGAACCAGCUGCCAAAGUUGAAGUGACUUCUGCAGCAAAAUUUGAGGAUAUAACAGGAAGAGAUAAUAAUGCUGAGCAAACCACCAAAUCUAUCCCAGUCUCUGAGGCUAAUGUCUUCAAUAGCAUACCGAAACACACUAUUGCUGCAGACGCUUUAGAGGCUCCUAGAACAAAACCUGCAUUUUCUGAUACUAGAUCUGUUACGACAACUUCUCUUGUUAAGAUUGAUGAAGACACAAUUUCUGGGUCAAUGUCACAUAUUGAACAGGUUGUGAACAAAGAUCAGCCUGUCCCUGUCGGUGUGCCUUAUCCAGAGGCCGAACCUGCUGACAACACAGCCCCUGCACUCGUUCCUGAUUCUGCUCUAGCCCCAAACCAAGGUUCUGGAACAAAACCAUUUCAGAGUUCAGAUAGUCUAAAUGAAUCCCAGAUAUUAUCCCAACCAAAUCGUGUUGGUGUCGAUACUCUCUUGGAAGGCUAUACAGAGCCAGGCCUCGAAGCUACCCCGAUGGACGUAAUCGACGAGGCGUACCCAAUAGAAAAGAUCGAUACAUCCUUGCCUGAAUUUGACAUGCCACCUGCCUACGAAGAUUUGGUAGGUACACCAGCCCCUCAGAAUAACAAGGUUCCGCCACCAAUCACAGCCAAAAGACCUCCCCCUAACCCCGCCACCAUGAUGUUUGGAAAACAACAAGAUGUUACUGAAUGUAUGGAUAAUGUUACUUAUUUGAUCGAGGCUGCUCUUAAACCUGUCGAGACACAAGAUGGUGAACAAGUGCGCGAUAUGGUGCGAGAUCUGUUUUAUGGAAAGGCCCGCCAGAUUCUCACCUAUCAAGAUACUCAAACAUCCCAAAAUAUCAAAAAAAUUAAAGAAGAGGAGUUUUCGCAUCUCAUUGUUGAUGCAGCUCAAGGCAAGGAUCUGUACGAUGGUUUGGAUGAAUAUUUCUUUGCGGAUCAAGUAGAGAAUUUCCAGGGCGGAAGAGAAGCUACACGCGAGGUUACUGUCAGUACAUUCCCUCCUGUACUUCAAAUCAUUGUUCAGCGCGUGCAAUUUGAUCGAGCUACUGCCAAUGUGUACAAGUCAAAUGCAUUCAUUCAAUUUGAGAAAAUUAUCUAUCUUGAUCGCUAUGCCGAUCGUAACUUUGAUUCUUUGGCUGAGAAGCGCGCGGAAGUAACGAACUGGAGAAAAGAAGAGGAGAUUCACAAGGCAAAGAUUGACGAAUUGAUAAAUAACAAGGCAAACAUGUUAGAAGCAACUGCGAAUAUUCUUGAAAUACAGAUGGCUCAGCAACCCCAAAACGCCGAGCAGCAUGAGGCAGCAAUCCAAUUUUUGCUCAAAGAGGCAAGAGAGGCAAGAGAGACUAUUCAAGAAAGUACAUGUGCUAUCGAGGUCUUGAGAUCCAAGAUCAAGAACCAGUACAGUAGCCUGACAAAAGAUGCCUAUCGGAUACACGCUGUAUUUAUUCACCAAGGUCAAGCCAAUUACGGUCAUUAUUGGGUGUACAUGUAUGAUAAACCAACAGAUCAAUGGUGGAAGUACAAUGAUUCUCAUGUCACCAAGGUGGAAGAAGCCGAACUCUUCCGUGACACGUCUGGAUCGACUGCCAACCCAUACUUCCUCGUGUAUGUAAGAGAAGAGGAUUCGGAUGCAUUGGUAGAGACAGUUGCCAAGAAAGAAAUCCCACAUGUCUUGUCUGCUGCUUAAAACAAAAUACAAAUUAGGGGAAAGAGGGGGAUUGGGCGUGUCUUGGAUUGAAAUAGCUCAAUUCUUGGCUUUCCACAUUAAUACUUUUUUUUUUCAUUUUCAUUUCAUUUCAUUUUAUUUUUUUUAAGAAAAAAAAAGAAAAAGAAAAAUCCCUAUUGCACAGCUUUAUAUAUUUUCUUUGUCUAAUAUUAAUCUUCUUUUUAAUUUUUUUUUACAUAAAAAAAAUUCGUUUUCUUCUUCCU